UAUCUGUUUUGAUCGUGAAAUCUUAUAAAUACUUGACAUCGUUAAAGCAGGUGCUCGAUUACCUACUCUAUUGUACUCAAGUGUGGCAGUGCUCGUUGUAAGUUUCAAAAAUUGUGCACACUGAGAUAUGUAACAGCUUCCUAUAGACAGCGACCAUGGAACUUCGAAAUUCAAUAUCUCAAAUACUCGCAAUAAUGGUUAGAAAUUGCGCAAUGCUGUCGUUUGGAAUGACUUUAGGCUUCCAAACAAUUUUAAUCGGAGGUGUAUUGCAAGACACCGACAACUUUACAAACGUAGGCGACCAUGAGGUCUCUUGGCUUGGUUCGACCUUAUGGCUGGCGUUAGUAGUAGGUUGUUUAGGUUCCGGCUUUCUUACGGAACCGAUUGGCCGGAAAAGAUCCAUGCAACUUGUAACAAUUCCCUACGUGAGUAGCUGGAUUGGUUUUUAUUUCGCGACCAAAAUUUGGCAUCUGUACCUGAUUUUAAUCAUCAUGGGAUUUUUUAGCGGCGUUUUAGAAGGCCCGAGCAUCACGUACGUAUCGGAGGUGUCGCAGCCGCAUCUAAGAGGAGCCAUGGCGAUUUCUGGUGCAAUUGCUGUAACCUGUGGUACUUUCAUACAAUUUUUACUAGGCACCUUUUACAAUUGGCGCACAUGCGCUUUGAUUAGCUGCGUUUUUCCAUUGCUAACAUUUUGCAUGUUCUUUUUGGUACCAGAAAGUCCACAAUGGUUACUGUCGAACAACAAAUUGCAAGAAGCAAAAAAGGGAUUGGCAUGGGUUAGAGGCUGGACCACAGUUGAAAACGUAGAAUUGGAAAUAAAUACUAUAUCUCAGCAACUAUUUGUCGACAAUUCUCUAAACAAAACAGUGACACUCAAGAAAUAUCUGUCACAAUUUUUUGGAAGAAAUUUCCUUUGUCCUCUCGGUCUAGUUUCAUUCAUAUUCUGUGUGGCCACCUUCACCGGUGGAGACACUUUGCAAACUUACGCAAUAACAAUUUUUGCAACAAUGAGGAUACCUAUUAGCGAAUAUUAUGCCACUCUCUUGUUGGGAUUUGUGCAAGUCCUAGGAGCUUUAAUUAACAUUGGCCUUUUACGUGCUCUUGGAAAACGUCGUUUGGUUUUAAUCGCAUUACUAUGUAUUAGUAUUUGUAACAUAGUCAUUGCAGCGUACGCAUAUUUAUCGAAAGCCUUUUACAUUACGCUAUUGAAGGAUAGUGACGUACUAUCUGGUUUAGACAUGAGUAGUUAUACGUGGAUUCCUAUUACAUUCUUGAUCUUAUUAAGCUUAAUCAAUCAAUGUGGGGUGUAUUCGCUGCCAUGGAUAUUGAUGACGGAAGUAUUUCCGUACGAAACGCGCGGUGUAGGGUCUGGUAUUUGUAGCGGAGUAUCGUCUUUUCUUAGUUUUUUGAGUAAUAAUUUGUUUUUAAUUGUCGUCUCCCAAGUAACUGUGCCUGGAAUAUACUGUUUGCAUAGUGUCAUAGGUGUAGUCGGCAUUAUAGUUUUAUACAUCUACCUUACUGAAACAGAAGGAAAAACUGUAGAAUCUAGUGCAACCGAAUUUACUGAAAAGCCAGAAUUGGUCAAGAAGAUACAAAGUGAUCAGUGUGCUGGAGUUACAAACUUGUCGUUUGAGUGUGAUGGACAUUAUGUAAAAUUUAAUGAUGACUUUACUAGUCGACUAUGAUCAACCACUUUAUUUAUUUCGCUGUCAUUUAGCAUUAAGCUCCCAUAAUUCCACCAAAAAUGUUCCUGACAUUUUAAUUUCUGUGUACUUAGUAGUAUUAUUAUUGUUAACAUAGAUUAAAUAAACUUGUUUUCAUUA